GGUCCUGCUGGGAGACCGGGGAACCUGGAGCCAGGAACUCAGGCACCUCCCAGCAGCCCAGGCCAUGGGCUGUGGUCUCCCUGGAGGCAAUGCCUGGCUGCUAGGGAAGGAUAUUAAGGCAGAGAAGAGUACUUUGUCCAGGCUGCCGACUCAGCACACUCCGAGGGCCUGUCCCAGCCUGCCCAGGGCAGGGGGCCAGGCAAGGGCAACCCCAGGUUGAGUGCCAGCCUGACUCUGGAGACUGGGCACUGGCAUCUCCACACCAGAUGGGAUUCUCAGAGGGAUGCUGAUGGUGAGUCUUAGGGCAGGGGCGUGAGGAUAGGCUGAACUUGGGAGCCCUGGUCAAGGGGAAGAAGGCUUGGAAGAGAUGUUAACACCCUCAUGGUCCUGAGUGUGUGGGGCUGGCAGGAAAAGAGGCCUCAGAUGGAGGCAUCAGAGGAAGGAGGUUGAGAUGGACGAAGGGUGCCAGGUAUGGGGUCCCCAGGGCCAGGAUGCCUGGGGACUGCCUGGGGCGGUGUGUGUCGUGUGUGUGGAGUGUCUGGUCAGUGUUGUGUGGCUGCUGCCUGAGGACAUCUGGGCCUGGGACAGCGUGGCCCAGCCUCCCCUACCUACCUUACAUCCACCUGCUAGUGCCAAGUUUGUGAACGCUGGUGCUCCAGAGUCAAGAGCAGACCUGAGAUCGUCAGGGUCAGGAGUAGGGAUGGGGGACAGUGGGCAGGACUGGGGACUCCCGAGAGGAAGGGGCUCCAUGGCCUCAGGACCAGGCUCUGGCUGACCUGCCUGGCAGUGCCGCCCCCUUCCUGGUUUCCACUCUGGCCUUGGCUCUCCUGCUGGCAGGUCUGGCUUCAGGAUGUCCUCACAGAGCCUGGGCGCUCUGUGUCUGGGCACCUUCUGGGCAUGGGGUAGGCGGCACCUGGCCCCAGUGAUGGGAAAGGGGCCAGUGAGUUGUCUGGGCAGCGUGUGUGUGUGUAUGUGUGUGUGUUGGGGUGGGGGGUGCAGCCAGUUUCUUCAAGACCCAGCAGAGCCAAGGCCUGAGAGUGGGGAAGGAGAGACCGAUCCUGUGAACCAGGCCCCUCUCCAGCUGGCCAAGACCCUAACCUCCUUGCCCGAGGCUCCAGGAAACGGAGGAUCUGCUCAGAGGGUCCACUUCUGGAGACUCCUGACUGUGUUGGUGUGAGAGCUAGUGCUCCUGGCGCUGUCUGAGCUAUGGAGACACCUCUGCAGACGGAGAUGGUGGAGCUGGUGCCCAAUGGCAAACACUUGGAGGGGCUGCUCCCAGCUGCCAUGCCCAUGGUGGGCAACCAGAGGGUCGAGGGCCCCAGACAGAGCUGUGUUGAGGGUGAGGGCUUCCUACAGAAAAGCCCCAGCAAGGAGCCACACUUCACUGACUUCGAGGGGAAGACAUCGUUUGGGAUGUCAGUGUUCAAUCUCAGCAACGCCAUCAUGGGCAGUGGUAUCCUGGGGCUCGCUUACGCCAUGGCCAACACGGGUGUCAUCCUUUUCCUGUUCCUGUUGACGGCCGUGGCCCUGCUCUCCAGCUACUCCAUCCACCUGCUGCUUAAGUCCUCAGGGAUCGUGGGCAUCCGUGCCUAUGAACAGCUGGGCUACCGUGCCUUUGGGACCCCGGGAAAGCUGGCAGCGGCCCUGGCCAUCACACUGCAGAACAUUGGAGCCAUGUCCAGCUACCUGUACAUCAUCAAGUCGGAGCUACCCCUUGUCAUACAGACCUUCCUGAACCUGGAGAAUAAAACUUUGGACUGGUACAUGAAUGGGAACUACCUGGUGAUCCUGGUCUCCAUCACCAUCAUUCUGCCCCUGGCACUGAUGCGGCAGCUCGGCUACCUGGGCUACUCCAGCGGCUUCUCUCUCAGCUGCAUGAUGUUCUUCCUCAUUGCCGUCAUCUACAAAAAGUUCCAAGUGCCCUGCCCGCUGCCCACCGACUUCACCAACGUCACGGGCAACUCCAGCCGUGUGGAGGUCAUCAAGGGGGAGGUGCAGCUGCAGAUGGAAACUGAGGCUGCAGCCUUCUGCACGCCGAGCUACUUCACACUCAACACACAGACAGCGUACACCAUCCCCAUCAUGGCGUUUGCCUUCGUCUGCCACCCUGAGGUGCUGCCCAUCUACACAGAGCUCAAGGACCCCUCAAAGCAGAAGAUGCAACACAUCUCCAACCUGUCCAUCGCCGUCAUGUAUGUCAUGUACUUCCUGGCUGCCCUCUUCGGCUACCUCACCUUCUACGAUGGGGUGGAGGCAGAGCUGCUGCAUACCUACAGCAAGGUGGACCCGUUCAAUGUGCUGAUCCUGUGUGUGCGCGUGGCUGUGCUGACAGCAGUUACGCUCACAGUGCCAAUCGUUCUGUUCCCGGUGCGCCGUGCCAUCCAGCAGAUGCUGUUUCAGAACCAGGAGUUCAGCUGGCUACGGCACACACUUAUUGCUUUGGGCCUGCUGACUUGUAUCAACCUGCUGGUCAUCUUUGCCCCCAACAUCCUGGGCAUAUUUGGGGUCAUUGGUGCCACAUCUGCCCCGUGCCUCAUCUUCAUCUUCCCUGCUAUCUUCUACUUCCGCAUCGUGCCCACCGAGAAGGAGCCAGUACGGUCCACCCCCAAAAUCCUGGCCCUUUGCUUCGCCAUGCUUGGCCUCUUGCUGAUGACCAUGAGUUUGAGCUUCAUCAUCAUUGACUGGGUCUCGGGAACCAGCCAGCAAGGAGGGAGCCACUAGGGUACCCUGUCCUGCCCUGCCUCCUCGUCUUAGCACCCCUGCCCAGACCAUCCAGCCCCUGCUUCCAUCCACUGGCCAGUCGAGGGGCAGGAUGAGGAUGUGAUCAACACCAUGGCAUUUAGCCCUGCCUUUGUGCCCUCUGUGGAAGGUCUUUUGUUAAAGAGCCAGAACCAAGCCCUUGGGACACCACUCUGCUGGGCUCUGAAGCUGCAGGGGCAUCUUGAGCUGGGGGUAGGGCAGAGCUGCACCCCCUGCCCCCUUUUAUCACCUCAGGUCCUGCCCAAGCCCCUCAUCCUACCUUGCACAGAUGCAUACACCACGGGCCAGCAGCCAUCUCCUGAGGUCAUCCAGCCUGUAGGGGCACACAGAGCUGGACCCAGCCAGACCUACAGUCUUCCCCCAAGCCCCUUUCAGACACUGGGACUUGGGCCUUGGACACCCAUGCCCCCUUCUCCCAUCCCCUCCACCAGGAGACCCUCCACCCCACAGCUGGAGCCAGCAGGACCUGCUGAGGGUGGGGCCAGUGUGGGCUCCCCUAAGGGACCCCUGACCUAUUCCUUCACCAGUCCCGGGGAGGCUGGGACUUCCCCACUCCCCACCCCACCCCCAGCCUGAGCCCUGGGCCAUAGUUCACAUUCCACUCCAGGGAGAAGGGCGAAGUUGGGGCCCAGAGUGUUUCUGCACCUGGAGGCCAAAGACCCCAGGGGCCAGCCUAGGGUCGGGGUGGAGAGGCUGGCAGCCCCCUUUUAUAAAUAUUGUACGUAAGACCAGCUGUGUUUUAUAUUCUUGGGCUCUAGACCCCCUCGGUCCCUGGUAGGUAGGGUGGGAGCCUGGGCCUGGCUGGUGAUGGAGUCCCCUCUGUCCCCUUCCCUGGGAUGGGGGUGGGGACAGGGCAAGACCCCCACCCCACUCCAACCCCUGCCUCCCAAAUCAACCAGCAACACGCAGACCCAGCUUUGGGCCUGGGCCAAGCUCAGCACAGACCUGCUUUCUCACGGGUGAGGUGGGGAGGAAUUAAUGAGGCCCCAGGAAGUGGGACAGAGAGAGGCCUCCGGAAGGAGGCAACGUGAGGUGCAUCUCCAGCAGCCUUGGGGAGGAUCUGAGCUGGGGGCAGCUGAGCCCCGCAGAAGCUCUGGAAGGGACCCCUGCUCUCUCCUCUCCCCUACUCCCAGGCUGCCAUGUCAACUCUCUGUCAAAACCAGGGGUCCUGUGCCCUGUUGGGCUGAUCUUUUUAUUGAUAGUAAAAUCCACUGUGAAUAAA